AUGUGGCCGUAUGAGCACAGCUCCCUCUGGCAGCUGCUCUCCAUCAUCAGCGCAUUCCUUACAACUAUAAGCGCAUCGAAAGGCCUUCCUCCGAUAGAGCUGCCGCAAUCGCCAUCGGACUACUACAGCGACCUCAUCACUGUGUCCAGCAAAGUUUAUGGCGAGGUUAAGAAGUCUGGUCCUCUGCCCGCGGAACGCUAUGACGAGAAGCUUUUUAACCAGAGCGCCUUCCGUGACUGGCUACUACUCAAGGUGGUUUACCGGGAGAACGUCACGGUGCCAGCGCCCAUGUCCUACAGAUGCGGCGUCUUUGUCAACCACGACUACAAGCUGAUCUUCAUCCGCAACCGCAAAGCAGCCUCGACGACCGUGUUAGACACAUUCAAGACCGCGUGCAAAUCCCAGAAAGUCAUGUGUAUGAAGCCAUUUUCGGAGGAGGAGAUGGAGGCGCGCGGACUUACCCACGACGCCAUGUGGAACUCCUAUUACGUCAUUUCCUCCACACGAAAUCCAUGGGCCCGCGCGGCAAACGGAUACGAUUACGCGCAAGACAGGUACGGAAGUACGGUAGUAUGGUGUACGACACGCAUGGGAAGUAUGCAUUCAUUGCCAAAUUCGUGCAUUCGCACUCAGAAGGGGCGCCAGCUGCAGGUGGCCAGUGAAGACUGGCGUGUGCGGUAUCUUCCCUUCCGCCAGUUCUGUACGAACCCGUACUUGUUGGGCACCAUGGGCAACAUGUUUUGCAAACCCUACAGACAGAACUGCGUCCUCAAAACUGCGCACAAAGGCGAAAGUAGAACACCAGACCCUCAUGCAAAGCUUACUACGAAUGGUACGACAUGUACGGCGCCGCACGGACGCUUUCAUGCAUUUGCCAUGAUCAAGAUGUGCUCCACGGGAUUCAUGAUGACCACCGACAUUGAGCGGGAUCUCGUCAUUGAACAAUGA